CUUUUAGAGGUUCCUUUCCAUGUGGCCAGUGGUUUAGAGGUGUUAUGGAUUAUGAAAAGACUGUUACUCAUCUAACAGGUUCACAUAGCCACCCAUUAUUGUUAUUGAUCAUCUGGUUAUCUAUUUCACAAAGUGUAUUUGCUCUGGAAAUUAAACUUGAACUGAGACACAUGUUGUCCUUAUCUGAGCUGUCUAGUCCACCUGACAACGGGCUCUUUCAACCAAUAGCUAUAUCCCCAGCUGUUAUUCCACAUAAUCCAUUUCCUGAUCCAACGGAAUCUUUACCACCCAUGUACCCUACCUUGCCAACAACAUACGAUCCAGUCCUGACUGGCAAAUGUCCUGUAAAUCUCUCCGAACUUUCUAGCAUCAUGGACAAGACAGCAUUAGAUUGUGCUCGACCUUUCACAGCUUUUGUAGGAAAUGUAAUAUGCUGUCCUCAGUUUGGUAGUUUAUUGCGGAUCUUCAAGGGAUACUACAGCAUCAAAUCGAAUGAGUUGGUUUUGAAAAAUGCUACUGCUACUGAUUGUUUUUCUGAUAUUGUUAGUAUUCUAGCUAGUAGAAGGGCCAAUAGUUCAAUACCCACUCUCUGCUCAGCAAAACCAUCCAAUCUAACUGGCGAAUCAUGUCCAGUGAAGGAAUUAAGCACUUUCGAAAAGACAGUUAAUACCAGCACAUUGUUGGAAUCGUGCAGCAGUGUGGAUCCGUUGAAAGAAUGUUGUAGACCAAUCUGUCAACCUGCAAUUAUGGAGGCUGCUUUAAAGCUGUCAGCAGUACAAACUCUUUCUGGCAGCAAUGGAGAUUUCUUUGGAGGACCUAACACUGUUAAUGAUUGUAAGGAUGUGGUGUACUCAUGGAUUUCUCGGAAACUUUCUCUAGAUGCUGCUAACAGUGCUUUUCGAAUACUUUCUGCAUGCAAAGUCAACAAAGUUUGCCCUUUGAAUCUUGAGAAUCCAUCAGAAGUGAUUAAAGCAUGCAAGAAUGUAGCUGCACCGAGUCCUUCAUGUUGUAGCUCGUUAAAUUCUUAUAUAGGAAGGAUACAAAAGCAAAUGUUAAUUACGAAUAAGCAAGCGAUAAUUUGUUCAACUCUUCUUGGUUCCAUUCUCCAAAAAGGUGGGGUCAUAACAAAUGUGUAUGAACUUUGUGAUGUUGAUCUUAAAGAUUUUAGUCUCCAAGCAUUUGAGCAAGGGUGUUUGCUUCGCAGCUUGCCAGUGGAUAUGGUAUACGACAAUGUGACAGGUUUAGGUUUCUCAUGCGACUUGAAUGGCAAUAUUGUAGCUCCAUGGCCUUCAUCAUCUUCUGUAACUUCCUUUUCUCUUUGUGCUCCCGAAAUGUCGCUGCCUGCAUUACCAACUUCUGAGAAUCUUGGUAACCCUGGAUAUCAUAGUAGUUUUCGAUUUGAAUUCCUUGUACCACACAUUCUUUCUUCGAUUAUUGUAUUCAGUACUUUGUUAUACUAAAAAUGCUAUAUUUCAAGUUAGAAGAAGCGUUUCGAAUCUAUUCUAUUUUGAGCAUCUUUUCAUGUACACUAGUUGGACUUGUUUCUUGAUCUUAUAUUCCAUUUAUUAUUAUAUAUAUAUUA